AUGCUCGUUAUUCAGCCUGCUGUGAGUCCAGUUGAUGAAUACGGAGCCCUGAUAUAUGCUGGACGAUGGGGAAUCCAUGGUGUUUCACUACCAGGGAGGGUGACUUUUGCACCUGGAAAUGUGGGGUUUUCAACUUUUGGUGCACCCCGUCCCAUGGAGACCCAAAUCAUCAGUGAUGAGACUUGGAAGCUAAUAGAUGGAAUUUGGGAUAAAAGGGUUCAGGAAAUCAAAUCUGAAGCCUCAAUGGAGAUUGAAGAAGAUAAGGAGAGGCCACAGCUUUUGAUGGGCAGUCAUUUCUUAUGAUAUUCAGCAUAUGUUUUCUGAGCCUUGAUCAGGACUUGAUUGGACCCGGGCUGCAGCUCGGUCAUAUGAGGAUUUCACUUGGCCACAAUACCUUUAGGCUGUUGUCUUCUAUGGGCUAAGUGUAAUACACGAGGAACUAUAAUAUGAAUGAUUCUUUCAAAAUUGGAGUGCAUUCUUGUCAGUUUGAGUUGCACGUAGUUCUUAUUUCCUCGGGCAUUUUUGGAUCUUCACCAUGCUAGAGUUGUUUCACCUGUGGAUAAGCAAAGGAAUUUUGGCGAGUCUCCGGUUCUCUGGCAUCUUGGCUGAGUGGAUUUAAGUAUCCCAUUCUGAUGAAGAGAUCCAACCCAUUCGAUUAUAUUGAUACAGGAAAUCAUCGAGAUCAAACUUAUACGAAAGGUGACAUCUAGUGAAUGUGCAGAUUUUUUAGGAUUUUUGUAGAAAGAGUCUAAAUUUUCAGCUUCUAACACAGAGCAAGAAGUGGAAGGCGGUCAUGGAUUGAAUGGAUGACUUUUAUUGUCUUUUUGGUCAGUUGUAGUCGAGGCUUCAACUGUUUAUGUCACAGAAAAUGUAAAAAUGGAGAUUGACCUACUUGUAAAUUAGUCAUAUGUAUGUUCCAAACCUACACCUCUCCUCCGCAAAAUAAACAUUUUAAGAAGUCUCUG